UUCUCAGUUUGUAUUGAUACUUUGAAUUUAUAACAUUUCUCGCAAAGCUUGGCUACUAACUCAUUCGUGUUAUUGAUGAUGGUGUAAUAAUUAAGAAUUAUCAGUUUUUCUAAUACAUUACUUCCUUGUAUUAUUGAAUAAUAUUAAGCAUUUCUCAUGCAAGAACUUGAAGAAAAUAAGAUUACUAUUCAUAGUAAUGCUCAUAGGAUGUUGUUUGAAGAUAGCGAGACUGAAAAAAUAGAAGGAAAAACUACUAACUCACCACUAGUUUUAAAGAAUAGCGAAAUCAAUAAAAGAAAGCAUCGAGCUCCUCAGCUUCAAAAAGGUCUUAAGACCUCAAUAAGUACCUAACCCCUCCUCUCCGCUCAAAAACAAUCUCCCUCGGCCAAAAAUCACUAAAAACUCCCCGAAAAAACUCCCUUCCCCAAAAUCCCCAAAACCCUUAAACCCCUCAAAAUCCUCUCCUGGACUCUCGAAACCCCCUCACCCCUCAUCCCACCACCCUUCCCCCCUCUAGCCCCCACUUCCCUCCCACCCUCCCUUCCCAGUCAAAUCCCUCAGCCCACUUCCUCCAGCAGCCACAGCCAAAUCCUUAACAAGGAUUUGGCUCAACUGAGGCAGAAGAAAGAUGAGCAGAUGAAGAAGGGGCUGAAGAAGAGAGCUAAAGGGCAGAAGGAAGGGAGGAAGAGUGGGAGAGAUUUGGGGGAAAUAGAGAGGUUGAGGAAGGAUGGAGGGAUAGAGCAGAAGGUGUAUGGGGGAGGGAGGAAGGAGGGAGAGGGAACAGAGGGGUGUAAGCAGCAGUGAGAGAAGUUUCCUGAGGUUGGAAAUAGGGGGCAACGGAAGAGGAUGGAAAUUAUGAAGGAGAAGAGAAAGCAGAAUAAAGAAGAGGGGAAUUCUGGGUUGAUAAUGAAUCAGUAUGGCAAUACUUUACCACCUAUCAAACUUGAAAAAAAAUCAGAAGUUCCUGAGAGGGUCUCAGGUCAAGAUCAGAUAAAUCCUCAAAAGAAGGUGAAAUCCAAGCCUUUACCGAAUAACAAUGAUCUUAAAGAGUUAGAGCCCUUAUAUGAUCCUGUGAAAAUCAUCAAGAAGCAACAAGUAAAGCCACUUAAACUCAAAAAUCAAAAGGAAGAGUCUAGGUCUCCAGUGCAGAAUAAUUUUUUAGAAACUAGAAGAGGUAGUUAUAAGCCAUAUUCCUUAAAAGAGUAUCGAGAGAAAGAAGUUGGUUCCAAAACCUACCGGAUGGGAGGCCUAGGUGCUAACAUCGGUUCUGAAGAAUGGGAAAAACAGAACAGCAAGCUUCAAGUAAUGAAACAGUUCUCCUCAAGAGUCAAGGUCUCCAACAAAACUACAUUAGAGAGCAUGCCUAAGAAGAGAAGAGAGCCAGUAAAAGAGGUUUCUAAGCUUGAAAAAGCACUUAAGUUUGCUAAAAAUGUUCCCAAACCUAAACCAGCCAUGCCCAAAAUGCCUAAGGUUAUUAAGGAGAAGAAGUCUAUAGACCAAUUGAAAGAUGAUUUCAUUAAUGGUCUUGAUGCUGGUCCAGAGGAGCCAAAGCAAUAUGAGCUGGAAGAGCUCAACCAAAAACAUGAAAAUUUUGUGAAUGAAGUCAAUGAAAUUAAAAAAUUAUUUAUGUAA